AUAUAUAUAUAUAUAUAUAUGUGUGUGUGUGUGUGUCGAACCAAUUUCGCUUUCACUACUCGAGCUGGAGAUUAUCAUCUUCCCAAUCGAUUAUCGAUCGAAUAGUGGAACCCCAAACCCAAACAGAGACUAAUAACAACUUUGAAGGCACAAAGGCGUACGUAGUUGAUUUGAGAUUUUUCUCACUCUGUUUAAUUAUUUGGUGUGGGACGGAGAUGGAAACCUCCGAUCCGAGGUCGGAUUCCUAUUACGGAAUUCUUGGUGUUAACGUGGACUCCUCCGAUAAAGAGAUUCGCCGUGCCUAUCGCAAACUUGCUAUGCAAUGGCAUCCUGACAAAUGGACAAGAAGCCCGUCUCUGUUGGGUGAGGCCAAACACAAAUUUCAACAAAUUCAAGAAGCAUAUUCAGUGUUGUCGGAUCAGAGGAAGAGGGCUAUGUAUGACGCGGGAUUAUAUCAUACUCUUGAAGACGAGGAUGAGGACUUUUCUGAUUUUCUGAUGGAAAUGAUGUCUCUCAUGAAUCAAGCCAAAAGAGAGUGCAAGAGUUACAGCAUGGAAGAAUUGCAGAGCAUGUUCACUGAUAUGGCCAAGGGUUUCGAGUACCCAAAUUGGUCUUAUUCCCCGCAUUUCCAAUGGCCUUCUUCCUACGAGUCUUCCCAAUGGGGUCAAGAGCCCUCUACGUUUAAUGACUCUGGAAAUUCCAAGAGAAGUCAAUGCACGACAUAUCCCAUGGCCGGAACAAACUCACAUAUAUGCGUAUCUAAUUUCCAGAUGUAUUGAAGAAAACCAUUGUUUUUGGGCUUUUAGAGCAGUGGCUGUUAUGAAGGUUUUCAUGUUUUACUUUGGGCUUUUCAUGGUGCUGUUACUGAAAUCUGGAUCUUUUUAACUGAAAAAAGAAAUAUGGAUCUUGAUGUACAUGUACAUGUUCAAGUGGUUAACAAUCUAUAAGGAAUGGUAUUGUUUGAAAGUGGAAA